AUGUCGGAUGACAACAGUGAUGUGCGUCCUGUGGUUGUCAAGAAAACCUUACUGCCGUCGGACCCCCGAAAUCCCCUGUACUAUGUCGAGCGCGCCGGCUACCCAUAUCCGGAAACUUCCUUCUACGACAACUCAGAUGCGCACACAGAUGGUCGAAUCCACAAGCCAAAGUACAGCGACCAGGAUUUCACGGUGGGAUUCAACAUCACCAUCGGGGAAUGGUACAAGCUUCAGAAUGAUAUCGCGAUUGCUCUAUUCCGCAGAGGACUUCUGUCUGAUGACAGGUCUGUCAAGUUACCAGAUCUUUCCCUGUACGACUUCAUGCAUCGCCAUGGAGAUUGGCUGCGCGACGAUAUCAUGACCAUGGACCUAUUGUCUGGCGCCUCGAAUGCUCCGGUAGCUUGGAAGGAGAGUAUGGUGAGCAGUUUCAUUCGCAGAGUGGCGGAGUGGUGGAAAGACAACCCCGACAUGACUAUUUCGGAUACAGGGAGCAUUCUUGGUGGAACAGACAAGAUUGCGUGGAGGUUGAAUCCCGCCUUGCAAUACGAGAAGUUCAAAGGCCUAUAUCAGAUGAGGCAUUGCGAGGUUACCUUGGCAUACUACGAUGGCACAUCACCAGAUGGCGACAAAUGCACAUUCCGCUGCACUGAGCUUCUAUCUGAUGCAUCAACCACCAACCUGCACGAGGACAUCAAAGCUGGGAGCUUGAGGCUCGAACUUCUAAGGGUCAAACUCUAUAAUCUUCCCUCGCUCCCCGGAGAGACGCCAGAAGAGAAGAAGAGAAAUGCCGAUAAGCUUAAGAUAUCAUGGCAGAGCAAACCUGGAGUCUGGAGUCCGAUCGACAACGAUAGGCGAUUGCAAAUCGCAAUUCGAGAGGGGAGACAACCGUAUGCGUACGAUAUCGAGUUCCUGGUCCAGGACAAUGUGAAUAUCCUUGUACAUGGUGCGCAGAACUCGACAGAUCAGCUGAAGCGGAAGAUGAAAUCUGGUGGGAAAGGAGAACCUCUGGGUGGUCUGACCCCGCGUAAGCGCCCGAGGAAAAGCGGACGACGGUGA